AACUUCCGCAUUUUGCCUCUGCUGCCUCAGCUGCUUCAGAGUCAGCUCUUCCUUUGUAGACAGACGCUAAACUCAGCUGAGCUCCGACCAGAGUUCAGCAUUGUGGUAUCCGGGAGCCUCUUGUGACAGUCAGCUGAUCUAAACCCGGAUAUGUGAAAGCUCUGAGCUCUCCUGUCUGACAACAAGUGGACUCACAAUUACUUUAAAACGGGUAGAAAUGGCCACAAACCCGCCCAAGUUAAAGACAAAGAUAGCUGCUAACGAGAGGAUGAAAAACUUAAAAGAAACCUUUGAGUCAAAGUAUGGGGAAUCUCCUCUCUUCUAUGCAUUUGCACCUGGAAGGGUAAACCUAAUAGGUGAACACAUUGAUUACUGUGGCUAUUCUGUGCUUCCAAUGGCCAUCGAGCAGAAUAUCCUCGCAGCUGUGUCAGUGAACAAUUCAGGGAAGAUCCAGCUGGCCAAUGCAAAUCCUAAAUACAAGGAUUUCAGUGUGUCGUGUUCAGAGGAAAUUGCCAUAGAUAGAGAUGAUCCACAGUGGUAUUAUUAUUUUCUCUGUGGGGUUAAAGGUAUUCAGGAGAAGUUUGGGCUAAACCAUUUAGCAGGGAUGUCCUGUGUCGUAGAUGGAACGAUCCCUCCGAGCUCCGGCCUGUCCAGUUCUAGUGCCUUAGUUUGUUGUUCUGGCCUCGUAACAAUGGAGGCAAACCAAAAGUCCCUCUCCAAGGUGGCUCUUGCGGAGAUUUGUGCCAAAAGUGAGCGAUACAUUGGCACAGAGGGAGGAGGCAUGGACCAGUCAAUUUCAUUCCUGGCAGAGGCAGGAACUGCAAAGCUGAUAGAGUUCCAGCCCCUGCGUGCUACCGAUGUCAAACUCCCCGAUGGUGCCGUGUUUGUGAUUUCCAACUGCUGCGUGGAGAUGAACAAAGCUGCUUCUUCUCACUACAACAUCCGUGUGGUGGAGUGUCGGAUCGCCACGAAGAUGCUGGCCCAGGCGCGGGGUGUGGACUCGAGCAGGCUGUUGAAGCUCGCUCAUGUUCAGAUGGAGCUGAAGGCCUCCCUGGAGGAGAUGCUGGCUCUGGUGGACGAGGUGCUGCACCCCGAGCCUUACAGCCGAGAGGAGAUAUGCAAGGUGCUGGGCAUCACCUCGGAGCAGUUUUCAACAGAGCUGCUCAGCGCUAAUACUCAGGACAUGACACAGUUCAAGCUUCACCAGCGAGCCAAACAUGUGUACGGGGAAGCUGCACGAGUCCUGCAGUUUAAGAGCGUGUGCGACUCUGAACCUGCCAAUGCCACGCGGCUACUGGGAGAGCUGAUGAACCAAAGCCACGCAAGCUGCAGAGACCUCUACGAGUGCAGCUGCCCUGAACUGGACCAAUUAGUUGAUAUCUGCCUGAAGUCAGGGGCUGUGGGUUCCCGCCUGACAGGAGCAGGGUGGGGAGGCUGUGCCGUUUCCAUGGUUCCCAGUGAGAAGGUGGAGUCUUUCUUACAAGCUGUUAGAGAAGAAUACUACCUCCCUGAUCCACGCAGAGCAGCAAUAGAAAAACAAAGUCUGUUUGUAUCAAAGCCAGGUGGUGGAGCUGCAAUUUACCUCGAGGAGUGAUCUUCAUAAUCCAUUUCUGAUUUUAUACCGGUUUUUAUACCGCAGUCAUUCAGUUUCAGUUAAAUGGGUUUCAGAUGGUUUUCAGUUUCAGAAA